AUGACUCCCGCCACCCUGCAGGGGUUCAAAGAAAGGUCUUCAGGGAGGACACGAUUCCUCGUGGAGUAUCGUGGCCCUAACCUCCUUUCAGCCCUGUCCGCGCAGGAGCAGCGCCUGGCGGCCCUGCAGGAGGAGGUCACCCGGCUCUCGCGCUACGAGGCGGAGUGCGCCAGGAAGGACGGCGCCAUCGCCCUGCUCCGGGACGAGCUGGGCAGCCUGCGGCGGCGGCACACAGAAACGCAGCAGGAGAGCCCAGGUACCGAGGGUGCCGAGGAAGCUCUCGGGGAGGCGGAGGCUGCCGGGGCCUUUCGGGAGCCGCCGGGAGCAGGAGAGCAGGAGCUGCGGGCCCAGGUCGCUGACCUGCAGGAAGCCAAGCAGGAGCUCUGCCAAGAGCUGCACAAGACAAAACACGACUACAGCAUGGCCACAGGUGCCCUCUCUGCCUUGCAAAGACAACUGGAGAUCCAAGAGUCCCAGCUUCGGAGAACCGAAUCUGAAAAGGAAACACUGCAAAAGGAGCUGAGAGAGCGCGAGAAGCAGCUCCAGGCCAUGUCUGCCAAGUUUUGCAGCCUGAGAGAAGAACGGAAGCAUGGAGAAAUGAUGGCAACAAUAGAGAGGGAGAACUGCAGUCUUCGACAGACUGUGACACAACAAGAAUCCAAACUGGCUGAGCAGAACCAGCUCAUCAGCGAUCUGCAGAGCGCAGUCAGCCAGCUGCAGGCAAAGGUUCUGGUCAACGAGUACCACAUCCAGGAGCAGCAACGGGCACAGGAGGCAAUCCAGAGCCAAGCCGACCUGCUGCAGCACAUGGAGCAGCAAACUAAAGUAGCCCUCCAAAGCAUCUCCAGCAGGUUUGAAAGAUACCGAAGCAAAAUAAUUCAGGCCACCUUCAGUGCUGCAGGCAGCAAGUGUCCCCAGGCAGAACUGACUGAUGAGGAGGUGCUGGAGGCAAUGCAGAAAAUUAUUAACGAACGGAUGGAGUUCCAUCAGAUGCUGAAACAGAAGGGCGUCAAGGUCCCAUCUCUCUACAGCCCCGACACACCUGCUUCAUCCCUCCCCAAUUCCAGGAGUAGCAGAAAGAGUCCCCAAAAGUAG